AUGCCCGCUAGAGCAUUUUAUUUGCAUUUAAUUUAUUAAUACAUUUAAUUAAACUCAACGCAGAACGCUCGGAACUGCAUAAUAGAGGAGACGUCAAUAGAGAGCAGCGCAUUCAUUUUACUCACACAUAUAAUAUAAUAAUUGCUUGUACGGACCAUGAAAACAACUAAUAUCGGAUUGUACGCAUUUCGUUUAACCUUCGGACAGGCACCGCCGCUCUCCGCACAGGCCACGGCGCACAGCAGUCAUGCGUUCACCACCAGCUCCUCGUCGCCGAACCGUGUGGUGACCCGCUCGGCCACAAUGUUGGCCCUGUUCGGCAUUGCGCUCUCCUCGUUCAGCCUGAAGCAGCUGCUGGCCAAGAAGCACAACAAACACAAUGCGCUGCGCAAGCUCUAAGCCAAAGGUCGGGUAACACGGGAGGAGAUCAGAUGUAAAGCGAGCAGCGUCCCUUGGCCAUGUCCUGGGCGUCCCAACUCAGUUCCCAUGCUCAUAUGUAGUGUAUAUUUCUUUAAGUUAAGUCAUCAGCCAUAAGCCCAUACACACACACACACCCACACACACACACAGAGGGAGAGAAGGCAGCGACAUGGCUAAAUGGAGCUCGAGUGUUCAGUUAUAAAACAUUAUGCGUUGGAAGUCAGUCACACAUAUAUAUUAUAUUUUUUGAGUUGCACCGAUUAGUAUAUGUAUGUAUAUAUAUAUAUAUUCUUGUUCGCACACACACACACACAACACACAGGCAGACACACACAGAGAGAGAAGCUUGCAACGGUUGCGCCAUGCCAACAAAAAUUUGAAUAAAACUUGUGAUAGUUAAUUGUCUACUAAUGAUGAUGAUGAUGAUGAUCGUGAUGAUGAUGAUGAUGUUCUAAGUGUCAGCUGUGCGGCCUCCUAUGCAAUCCUCAUUUGCCUCCUUUAGUUCUUAUAUAUAGAGUCUGUGUAAACAAGUCGCAAUAUAUACAUAUAUAUAUAUAUAUAAAUUUAUAUUCCUAGUUAUGCAAAUUCUAAAUUUUAAACAAUUAUGAGAAACGACUAAGUGAAUGUUUAUGAAAACGUGGGAAUAGUCCAAUUGCCAAGUUUAUAUAUGGGCUGCGCUUGUGCGGCACAGUAUAAAAUUUUAGUUUUAGUUCAAAUGAAUAUGCUUCAAAUAAAUGCAUUAUUAUCAAAA